UUUAGCCGAGAACAACACGGUUUCCGGAAAUCCUGUAAGAGGCCGCUCAAACGCAGCAGGCUCGAAGCGUCAGACUGCGCUGAUGCGACAGGGACGAUGCUGCUGACGAUGUAACAGAGGGAGGGGUGAGCCGUGACAGUCAGAUCGAGGCUCUGACGGAAAGGCUGCCGUCUGGUGUCUACGGAUUCUGAGCAUGGUAGUGUCAAGUCUCCCAAUCGCGGCACGGCCAUCAGAGGAAAUGUCAACAAGCUACUGGAUGCUGAGAAAUCACCAAUUCAUCUUCCGAGACUCAUUCACAUUCCAUGAUGACUCGUAAACUAGUGUCGCUGUCAGAGUCGGACCUAUCGGAAUGUUGUGAUCAAUUCGAGCGCUCGAUAACGCUGAAGAGAACGAAGAAGAUGCGGCGCCACUGGAAGGCGCUCUUCCUGCUGGCCGUCAUCACCUUCGUCAUCUACUACAUCGUCUACUGGGAGGAGGACAGGGUGAGGAACAUGAUCAUUUCUGCGAAACAAAGCGCUGAGUUCAUGUUCGUCCCCGUCCCGCCCCACCCGUUCCACGUCAACUGUACAGCGUUAUUCCAGGGCAACAAGACCGAGAUAUACAACGCCAUAUCCGUUCAGGCUCCACCGAACCCCCCUGUUCUUCCGCCCAUAGCGUCCUGUGAAACAUUCAAACAGACCCAGGGGUAUAUCCUCGACGUGAGCAAGGAAGAGAUGGAGUUCCCCAUCGCCUUCAGCAUCCUUGUGUACAAGAACAGUCAUCAAGCCGAGAGACUUAUCCGAGCAGUCUACCGCCCAAGCAAUGUGUACUGCAUCCAUGUAGACAGGAAGUCCACGGCCAUGUUGGAAGAAAUGCGCCGCCUGGCGGCGUGUUUUGACAACGUGUUCUUGUCUUCCCGUCAAGUGGACGUGAAGUGGGGAACAUUCUCCGUCCUUGAACCGGAACUGAUAUGCAUGGAAGACCUCUUGAAGCACCGGAAGUGGCGGUACUUCAUCAAUCUGACGGGCCAGGAGUUUCCACUCAAAACCAACUACCAGCUCGUCAAGAUCCUUCAGGCCUACAGGGGAGCCAAUGACGUGGCGGGAACAGCAACGAGAUACAAUGAGAACAUGCGGCGUUUCUGGAGCGCAGGCAGUGCUCCACAUGGUCUCCGUCCUGUCAUUGGUUCCGUCCACAUCGUCGUCAACAGACACUUUGUCAACUUCUCCGUCCACGACCCUGUGGCCAAAGACCUGCAGAAGUGGCUCCGACACACAAAAAUACCUGACGAAACCUACUUCUCAACUCUCAACUACAACCCUGACCUCAACAUACCUGGGACAUUCAAGGGUGUUCCACGCCUUGAACCAUUCCUUGCUCGAUAUAAGAACUGGGACCACGGCCUGCUGGCUUACAAAGACGACUGCCGGGGCAAGUACCUGAGGGAAAUCUGUGUGCUGGGGGCGGGUGACGUCGCCCAGUUGAUCACGAAGAGACAUCUGUUUGCCAACAAGUUCGAGGAGGGGUUCCAGCCGGCUGGCCUGUCGUGUCUGGAAGAGUGGUACCAUGAUCAGACCAGACGGGAACGGGCAGGACACAGGGAGUACGACACGACAUUCUACAGCAAGCUUGACUUUGUUCUCAAUCAGAUCAGGAGAUGACAGAGCCUAUGAUCUCCUGGGUGGAGGACUGGUUUUUCAUAAACUGAGGUGAAAUGGCAGCAGCAUGAGAUCAAAAGAAAGCGGACGUCAAGACUUGAGCGACGGAGGUUUAUAUCUGCAGUUUUGAUGAUCAGAACGUUAUGAAGGUAUGGGUGGUAAAUAGAUGCUACCACAGCAGGAGUGGUUGUUUAGAUUCGGGGCACCUGCUGCAAAUCCCUAUGCAGACGGGUCGGGAAGAUUUCACCAAGCUGUUGGGGCAGAGUUGGCCCGGCCUAUUCUUCUGGUCAGGUGCAAGAUGGCGGAGUAGAGAAACUGAAGCAGUGGUGCCCAAGCGAGCCUGGUGUGUCUUGCGGAGAGGUGGAGACGACACCGCACGGGACGAGAAAGGCUGAGUGCCCCCUAGAGGCAAAGCCAAGCUGUUGUGAAGGCGGGGGACGUGGGAUGGGGAGUUAAUCGACGUUAAAAACAUUCGAUUCUGUUCCAAUGUCGAGCGUAUACAGUUCCAAUGAGUUGUUGGCAGCCGCUGUAUGAUAUGGAUUUCGUUGUAUCAGAGACCAUAUAAUUAAAUGGUCUCUGGUUGUAUUCAUACGGUUUCUAUGUGAAACGGGGGCGCGGGUGGCCCAGUCGUCUAAGACGCCGCGAUUCGCUUUGCAGA